AUGGCGCCUUUCAGUUUUGAGAAUCCACAUAUCUGCUACCACUGCUCAGCCAUACAACUUCAUCUCGAACUGAAACCCCAGAUUCUCUGCUGCUUCGGGUGUAUGUAUAAUGGUCCAGGCAGGACUACAGAUAAAGGCGAAUAUGUCUGCUUCGAGUGCGCACGCCCAUUCUCAGGCACUAGUGGUUUAGAUCUUCGCUACUGCUCAACCUUGCCUUACGAUCUCUCACAGGCCCUGACCGCUGCCGAGUCUGACCAUUGCGAGUUCUAUCGCUGGGUUAUUCACAGAGUCACUCGCUUCUUCAAGAUCCAGGAAACACCAAGCGGCUGGAAGUCCAAAAAAGCAGUUGGAAUUCUAACGCAAAGGUCACGUUUCGAACUUUCCGGAAUAUCGAAUGAGGUUGGGAGAGCCAAUCUAGAUAUCAAGUUCUUCAGCCAUUGGGUUGAUGAUGAUGGCAACAAACAUGAAACACGACAUAACCUUGGAUACUUUGAUGCUUGGGAUACGGGCGAUGACCCGUCUUUCGGUCUCGUGUCGUCGCGGCCCUACGUGCAGGAUGUCAAAUCAGCCCAGUCGAUCGACUUCGCUAGGUCAUCUUUCGAAACAUGCAUGAGAAGCCAUCCCUGGUGCAGAACCGAUCAGAUCAACCAUAUGACCGUGUCCCGCUGGCCGGGUGAUGCCUUGUCCUACGAAAGGAUAGACCCCAGGGACAUACCCACCCGCCUCCUGGAUAUUGCCACCGGACCGUCCCCUGGGGCUGAUGCAGAAUACAUCAAACUGAUCGAAACCAUAGUCGAUGACAAAGACGGCCAGCUCAUUGAGCAAAUUGCCCAAACAGGCUUCAUAGUUCUUUCCUACUGCUGGGGCGGUGAUCAGAAUUCCAAACUGGUCGCUUCCAACCUUCAAACCUACAAGACCGAAGGCAUCAAGCUGGGCCAGCUAGACCAGUCUCUCCAAGACGCGGUCUGGGUCGCCAGGCAGAUAGGAAUCCGCUACCUCUGGAUCGAUGCUUUGUGCAUCCCCCAAGAUGAUCUCGAUGGCCAGGGAAACAACCCCGACAAAGCCCAUGAAAUCAGCCGCAUGGCCUCCUACUACGGUCGAGCAACCCUAACAAUCCUCGCCGCUUCCGCCUCUAGAGCCGUGGAUGGUUUCCUGCAAAACCGGCAACCAGCAACUGACUUCGACAUGGCACCCACCUACGCUCAGUUGAUCGUAUCUGAUAACACCAAGACCAAUGAUGACACUCCCGAUAAAGUCCACAAGAUCCUCCUCGCCAAACAGUCCCCCAACCCCACUAUAGAACCAAUAACAACCCGCGGCUGGACCCUCCAAGAAUCCCUCCUAUCCCGCCGCAUCCUCAUCUACGGUGUCAACCAACUGUACUGGUCCUGCCUCAAUUCCUUCGCCGGCUGCGGUGGCAAAACCACCAACUUAACCAACCGAACCAUCCCCGGUAUGGAGUCCCUCGUUCCCGGAGUAUACCCCAUAGGCAGUCUGAUCGACCAGCCUGUUUACCUGCAGUGGAACUCCAUCGUCAAGACUUAUACCCAACGCUUUCUAUCACAACCAGGUGACAAACUAUGGGCUAUCUCCGCGCUUGCUAGCCACAUUGUCCAAGUUAGUGCUCACAGGGGAGAAAAGCCCAUUUAUGCGGCUGGGCUAUUGGUCGAUGAAGCAAAUCCGGGGACGUGGUUGCAGCAGUUGUUGUGGUAUCCUGACUCGAUCGAGGGAAGAGAUAACAAGAGACCACCUGGCGGUAGAUACAGAGCACCGAGUUGGUCGUGGGCAAGUCUUGAUGGCGUGGUGAAGGUGCCUAGCUGGCGGCAUGAAAUGGAGGAGUAUGCCGCUGUGGAAGAAUGGGGGGUUGAACCAGCUGUGAAAGGGGCGAUGUAUGGAGGACUGAGUGGGGGGUAUAUCUUUUUGAGGGCGGUGACGCAACCGAUUUGUCGCAUUGCGGGGAGGUGUGGUGACGUUGUGUGGGCUGAGAGGUUACAGACUGAAGGUACUGGAGAUGAUGACUUUGACUGGACAUACUCUCGAAAGGGGGGUAAUCUUGAAGGAGCUGCAGACAGUUGGGUCUUGGUGUUGUUGGCGGAUUCCGGCGAGUGCAGAAGCGUGAUUGAGAUAGGGCUUCAGGAUCCUGGGGUUGGAGCGAGAAUAUUGCUUGUUGGCUUGUCAUCUUUGUCAACGGGACAACUUGUGGGGGUCAGAGGAAUAAUAGUCGAGCAGACUGUAGAUGAUGAUGAGUUGAGGUUCUGUAAGCGACGUGGGAGUUUCCGACUGAAAAUGGGGAAGCUUGCAAAUGGGGGCCAAGAUUUGGCAGCCAAGUUCUUCAAGAAGGGAACAAAGCAAACUCUGAGGAUUCUGUAA